AUGAGUGGUAUGUUAACUUUAAAGAUAGAUGGAAAAUGUGAUGGACAAUGUACUUGCACAGGUAGUAGUAACAUACCUAACCUCAAGGCCAAAAAGGUUACUGAUAUUGGUGGUGUCACCAACUUCACGAAAUAUACUCACAGUGUUCCAGGCGGAGGUACAUUCACUCUCAGUGGACAGCUCAGUAAUGGAGGAAAAAUAGGAUCGGGAAAUAACAUGGAAUAUGUGCAGAGCAUAGCAGUAUACUUUUGGAAUGGCAAUCCUAGUGAUCCUAUCCUUCUUGGAAUCAAAAGGACCGGUGACAAUGGUAACAUCACAACCAGCUAUUAUGGCAAGAAUAACCCUGGUAGUAACGACUGGAAUGUUCCACUAGAUGGUAUGGAUGAAUUACAGGCACUUGAUGAUCAGAAUUGCAAACAUAAUAACGUCAUCCCUUUAAAUAUAGAGGGCUCUCAAUCCAUUUCUCUCCCCAAAGAAUCAAACUCUGAAUGCAUACAGAACAGAAGGAUAAUGUCUACACGAUCACCUGACUCUCCCCCUGGGAGUGACUAUACUGUUAAAGCACAGAAGAUAACUGAUAUUGAUGGUAGAGACAGUAAUGGUACAAAGAUAUCCAGAGUAACCUAUAAUGGUAAUCCUGUGGAAAUUACUCUCCCAAAAGGUUAUGAGGUAUCAAAAAUUAGAAUAUUCUCAUACCCAGGGGGCACAGGUGCUAGUGUUCCUCUUAUGUUUGAGCUCAAAUCAACAGGUGGAGGCAAUUCUACAUUUUAUACAACUAAGAACCAAAAAGGUACUAGUUGGACAGAAGCUGAUAAUGGUAACAGCUUCUAUGGUAAAGGCAAUCCUACUCCACUACCUGCCCUUGCCGAACGACUUGAUAAGGUAUUAUGUUCGCAAGGUUAUGUUACCCUAAAUCUGUCUUUUAAGAAUUCCGAGGAACAUCAGCGUGGAGGAGCCUAUUGUUGUGAUGAACAUAAUAAAAAGAAGGUCACUGUUAAUAAGGAUUCAGUCAAAAGUUCCCAAGGUAUUACAUUCUAUAAACAUGAUGUUGAUUACGAAUCUAAAGUAGCUGGUAUCUACUAUACCGUUGGAGGUGAAAGAAAGAGAAUAAGGAUUCCUAACCUCGAAAAUUCUGGAGAUGGCUCGGUAAAGUUCUAUACCUUUUAUUCCAACAAUGGUAGCAAGGAACCAAGACUUAUAUAUCUAGAUUCUACUGGACAACCCAAUGCUAAAGGUUGGUUCCAGCCAAGCAACUCUCCUAGUAAUGAUACAUGGGAACCAUUCCAGGAUAUACCUAAGGAAAUAACGCCAGAAAACAUUGGAAAAGACAAAACUGGUGACAGUAACUCUAAAAAACAUGUAGAGGAACUGAAGUGUAUAAUCUACGGAAUAUGUACUCUCCACCCUCACAACCCCCUCCUCAGCAACCUGGACCUAAUCAACCUUCUGGACAUCAAGGUGGAGCUGGUCCCGGUACUACUGUUACUUCUGGCCAAGCUAACCUUCAAGAAUCUGAUAGAGAUGGACUUAAUGGUAGAGGAUCUGCUGAAGGACUAA